AUGUGGCGUAUCAAUCGGCAAACUCUGGAACUCGAGGAAUUCCUCGGCAGCGAUACUCUUAACUACGCCAUCUUGUCGCAUGCUUGGAGCUGCGGGGAAGUGACAUUUCAGGAUUGGACCGACCGAUCUCUAGCCUCCCAAAAACAAGGAUACCAGAAGAUUUUGGAUGCAUGCGCCCAAGCACGUGGUGCAGAAUAUAACUUCCUGUGGGUGGACACGAAUUGUAUCGAUAAAAGCAGCUCAUCGGAGCUCACCGAAGCCAUCAACUCAAUGUUUUCUUGGUACUUCCAUUCAGGAGUGUGCUUUGCGUAUCUCUCCGGCAUACCAACAUCUGGGCAAAACUUCGACGCAGAGGGUAUUUCCUGUAGCCGAUGGUUCACUAAAGGCUGGACUUUGCAAGAGCUUUUGGCUCCCAAAGAGGUUUUGUUCUACGCAGCCGAUUGGUCGCUCAUUGGCACAAUGUCAUCUCUUGCACAUCACAUUUCUUCGGCUACAGGCAUCGACCUCAAACAUUUCAAUUCAAAGUCAAUCACGUCUACGAUGUGGCAAGAUCGACUUUCAUGGCUGGCUCGCCACGAAACUAUUAGACUUGAGGAUAUGGCAUAUUGCAUGCUUGGAAUUUUCAGCAUAUCUAUGCCUCUGAUAUACGGGGAGGGGUCUCGGGCUUUCAUGAGACUGCAAGAAGAGAUUCUGAAGGUUUCGGACGAUCAUUCUUUGUUCUGCUGGUCUUGGUCUGCAUUUUCUGGUACGGGGAGUCUACUCGCGUCUCGCCCACAUGCCUUCGAAGAAGCAUCUCAAUUCACCCCUCGAGAAAACAAUAGGCCACAGCCAUACAGCACGACGAACGCGGAGCUAUCGAUUCAACUUCGAACGCUAUGUUGGUCAUCAUGUAUCGGCAAUUUCAAUGUUGACACCAUAAACAAAAACGAAGAUACAGGUGUGUUACUGUCAGGGAAUCCAUCCACAGGUCUAUUUAUCAGGUGUCCUUAUCCAGGAGUCCCGAUUCAUCUUUGUCACACAAGAGGACUGAAAACCCAUUCUAUAGAUAUGUUUGUGCCAGCCAACAGAACGGGCCGUCGUGUGAUUGAAGCAACGCCUUUUGCAAGAACAGCGUCAGCCAAAGCUGGGGUUCUACUCUCCAUUGAUACAAGAGACAAAUACGUCGAAAUUAAGACGCUCCCUGUGGGAAGUUUUCUGGGAACCUCAAGCAUAGUCGAUAUUCGGUUCCAAAAAUCAGCUUUGAAUAGCAGCGCAUAUGGAGAUGCCGAGUCAAACUGGUUUGCAGAUACAGUUGACACAGCCCCGGACAUUUUGGGAGCUACAAUGGUCAAUUUGAAGCUUUCCAGGGAAUUUCAACACACAACAGAGUCGGAAAACUACCACAAGCUGGCAUGCGACGAGACCUAG